AUGCCUGCGGCCCUAGCUUGCCUCACUGUACUCCAAAAUUACGAUGGUCCCAAUGAGACCCUUGGUCUUCACCCGAUUCUCGUCCUGCCGGUAAUCGUGAUCCUUGCAACUCUCAGCCAGCAACGUCACAAUUCCCGUUACAGUGCGGAGAAGCUGUCUCCUACCAUACAGAUUCUCAGCUGA